ACACAUUCUUAAAAUGCUUUCGGUUCCCGAUUUCUUCCUGCUUCCUGUCUUUUCCUGAAGCUUCACUCUUCCCUUUUCCUCUAAGGACGGGAUAAAGCAGCCACACGUGUAGUUAUAGUCAUAAAAGGGGUUUUAUUUUUUUUUGUCUCUGAUGACUGCUCGACUCUCCAACCUGCUCAUGAACUGUCGCCAUUUAUUUUUACAUCCGGGUUGUGGAAGACGACCUUAAUAAGCAUGACUCAGGCUAAACAUCUAGAAACUGAACUGCAGCAGCUGGAGUGUCAUUUCACUUGGGAGCUGAAAAAACAGGAUACAGAUAUCACUGAUCUCCUAAACAGACUGGAAGAGAAUGUCAAGAUAAAUCUUGGUGGGAAAGCAGGAGUUGCACAAACAUACAACUCAUUAGCAUUCGUGAAGUACCUCCUAGGGUUUCCUACAGAAGCUCUCAGCAACUUACAGAAAUCUGUGGAGCUCACAAAAGAGUACCGUGAGAAUGACUGUGACAAGUGGCUCAUAGUCACCUAUGGAAAUCUGGCCUGGCUACAGUACCACAUGAAAUGUUAUGCUGAAUGUGAAAGCUACCUGGAGAAGCUCAGAGACAUUGCUGAGAGAUUCCCAGCAGAACCCGCUUCUGCUCUCCAUCAUGAAGUGCUUGGUGAAAAGGCCUGGGCUCUGUUCAAAUUCUCUCGAGAGAACUAUGAAACAGCUACAGAGUGCUUCAGGAAGGCCUUGGAGUUGGAGCCAAAUGAGGGUGAAUGGAAUGCCGGUUAUGCCAUCGUUCUGUAUCGCACAGAAACUGAGCCCUCCAAUCCAACAGAUUCACCCACAAUUAAGCAGCUGAGACGAGCCAUUGAAACUAAGCCAGACGAUGAUGUUCUUAAAGUUCUACUGGCUCUGAAACUGGCCACUUACAAGAAGUACGAUGAGGCUGAGAGCCUAGUAGAGAAAGCAUUAGAGAACUCUCCAGAGGAUCCACAUGUCAUUCGAUAUGUUGGGAAGUUUUUCCGGAACAAAGGCUCUGUGGAUAGGGCCAUCGCUUUGUUGAAGAGGGCACUGGAAAGGGUGCCCAACUCAAGCUUCAUACAUCAUCAGCUAGCACUCUGCUACAACAGAAAGAAAACCCAUCUAUUUCAAACACGAAGCCAACGCAGCAAGAGUGCUGAAAUUCAGCGGCUUCGUAAUCAGUGCAUCUACCAUUUAGAGAUGGCCACCACAAUGAAGUCCUCCUUCAUUUUUGCUAUGAGUGAGCUGGCUCUGCAAUAUGGAGAGAACCAACAUAUCUCCAAGGCAGAGGAGCAGUUUCAGACUACAUUCCAGACAGCUGAAGAAAAAAAAUAUGGUUCUCAGGUAGUUCAUUUUCAUUAUGCACAAUUCCAGCAGCACAGGAAGAAAUGUGAGUCUCUGGCCAUCAAACACUACAUGGAAUGUCUGAAGAUGGGUCCAGAUACAUCUGAAGGAAAGAGAAGUGCUGGAAGUCUGAAAAGCAUUGCUGAGAGAAAAAUCUGCAGAAAUCCAAAGGAAGCCUUUGGAAUACUGGGAUUUAUCCAUAAGGAAAAGGGAGAGAAAGGCAAGGCCAUAGAGUGCUAUGAGAAAGCUUUAAGCUAUGAAGACAAUGAAGAGUACCUUCAAAAUCUGUUUCAUCUUAGACUUUCUUUAGAAUAACAGAACUUGGCACCUCACAUAUCCAAAUAGUCACAUGAUGAUGAUCAACAAUGAACAACAGCAUUUCUUUAGAAUUUUUCAGUCCAAAGAAAUCUUUGAAAUGCAUGUUGAAUACAGUUUGACUCUGUAAUAAAGGCGCCGCUAAAAGUGCAGUUGUUUUAUAUAUUACUAUGUACGUUUAUUCUGCACUAUAUUUUUAAAAUAUAUAAAAUAUAUAUUUCCUGCUCUCUGAAAUAAACAUUUAUUUCAGAUUAGAACUCAAAGCCUGUUUUGAUAUCACAGCUCUGCUACUGAACUACCAUGCAGGAAUCAGCUUUAGAAAAUGGUGAAGGACUGUUCAGACAGUCAGGGGGGUUCGAUCCACCAUCUGGGUGUCAGGACAGAGAAGAGUGUUGAUGGUUGUCUUUUAUAUAGCUGGUCAAGCUAAGCCAUACUUGAAGCUCAAAGGGCUUGAGGUUCAGAUUUAGUUUAGACUAUUUUAGUAGAGGAACAAAGAUCCCUAAAAGUUGACAAACCCCCACCUGAGGUAGAACAAAGCACAAGCAUGAUUUUAUGUAACUUUGAUAUCUCUAAUUUGUGAAAUGGGUUGUUGUAUAAUAAUAAAUAUAAAUUAUUUUACUGCAAAAAUUGUGUAAUUCGUUAUUAUUGGGAUGUAAACCUGGCUUAAAGGGUGUGUGUGUACAUUAUCCCUUAUAUUUUGGGAAACUUAAAAUUAAGAAUGUGGUCAACUUUAGACUGGCUGUGCACAAAGAUAUACUCUAUGUCCUAAAUAAAAGAUGACACCAAUAUCUUUGUCCAGUCAUCUAAAUACUCUUAAACAUAUGUGUGCCAUAGGCAGAAAUUGACUUUAAAGUUCUAUGUCAAAACUGUAAUGCCUACUUCUGUGCCGUUAAUAUAAUAAUGAUGCCAAACAGCAAGACAUUAGUAUUUUGUACUAGACAUUGUUUUCUGAUCAUAACAACAGUUUUUUGGAUUAUACACCUCAUCUUCACACAUUAACAGUCCUUAAUUCCUUCUCAGAACCAACCUACACUGACCCACAAAAAUACCAUAAGGGUCUGUUGGUUGAAAUGUUUAACACAAAACAUAGGUUAAAUGCAGACAAAAGAGUAAAACAACACCUCUUAAUAAUUUAAUAUAUUCUGUGAUAAUAAAUAGUAAUAAAUAAAUAACAAAUACAAAAUAUGACAGGCCAACAUAAUGUACAUUAAAGAAUUACGCAUAUUUUGCAGUAAAAAAUUUUUUACACAAACAUCCGUUUCACAGACUAGAGAUAUCAAAGUUAUAUUAAAACCUGCUUGUGUUUUGUUCUUCG